AUGGAGCCCAAUACAACGGCGGAGCCGGACGCCGUGCUCGCUCCCAGAGAGAGAAUUCUCCAGGUGCAGUGAGCCAACUGAAUUUACUGCGAUGCGUGUACAUUCUUGGAUACGUUGUGCAUCACUUGUCGAGGAUAGAUGUCUAUUGAUGCGCUUUUUAUACCCCCAUCUGGACAUGGGGUACAAGAUGGCCGAAGGAUCAUCAUGCUUUCGAGAAACGAAUCGAAGGAAAAACGGAAUUCAUGAAAAGUGGAAUUCAAAAUGCAUCCAUUUCAAGAUGUCAACGCUAUACUUUGUUUGUAUCUUUUUUCAUUAGGCAGCCUCUCCAUUCGGCGAAACUACUAGAAUAACCGACUGUUUUCUUCGAAUCUAAAUACUAGCUCUGUUCGUUUCAUGAUUUAUUUCUUUGUUUUUUUGGGAGAGGUGUUUUGCAUGCGUCGAUGAGAAAAAAAAUGAAUAGUCUCGGUAACACCCAAAAUCACGGUGAUCGUGAACCAUUUUUAUGGUGACAGUUUACAGAAAGUGGCCAUUACUUUCUUCUCUUUAAAAUGGAUAGACAAAUUUGAGUUGGUUGGAAGGAAUUUUUAUUUCACCAGUAUUGUGUUUUCUUUUAAAUUCUCAAAUGUUCUAACAUAAAAAAAAAUCUCCCCCCCCCUCCAAUUUCAUCUCAUUUUCCCAUUUAUUGGAUUCAAGCUAGAAUUUACUAUCAUCAGGCUUAAUGCAUACAUUACUCGACCUACCAUCAAUUAGCUAUGCAUAACAAAAGUGACACUCUUUUGUAUUUUAUUCUUACGCCUUCUUUCUUUUCUUCAUGAGUAUUCUAAUCAGUUUCGGUUUUUUGUCAAAUGCAGAGGCUAUCUCGGGUUGGUAUCCCACAGGAGCAUGUCAGUGAGUUGCAGCAGGGUCUAGUAUCUUUAGUGAGGAAGCAUAAACCGUUGCUCCGUGUUGUGGUAUCUGCCAUCCUCCCAACUGAUUCAGAUGUAUCUGAAGCUCUAAUCUCGUCAAAACAUGAGUCUCAAGGGGUGUCAAGCAGUGCCAUUUUUGGUAAUCUAUUUGGUGAGAGUUCAGUGUGGUUGCAGUGGCUGAUGUUUGAGGGAGAGCCAAAGUCAUUUUUGAUAGAUUUGGCACAAAAGGAUGCAGGUCAACGCAGAGUCUGUGGUGCUGUGUGGGGUCGCGGGGACUUGGCAUACCAUUGCCGAACUUGUGAACAUGACCCUACUUGUGCAAUCUGUGUUUCUUGCUUUCAGAAUGGCAAUCACGAGGGUCAUGACUACUCAAUUAUGUACACAGGUGGUGGCUGUUGCGACUGUGGAGAUCCUACUGCUUGGAAACGUGAGGGGUUCUGUUCAAAGCAUAAAGGCUCAGAACAGAUCCAGCCACUCUCAGAGGAGAUUACUAGUUCUGCAGGCCCUGUUCUAGAUGCUCUAUUUAUUUUUUGGAAAGACAAGCUAUUUCUGGCGAGUAGCAGUACCACUGGGAAUCUAAGAGUAGAAAAUAGCAACAGUGUAAGGGAAAAGUAUGCCGAUGAAUUAUCUUCUAUGAUAGUUCAGAUGUUGCUUGAGUUUUGCAAUUGUUGUGAAAGUCUGCUUAGUUUUAUCGCUAAGGAAAUUCUCAAUUUGGUUGGUUUCCUAGAGUUGCUUGUUAGGGCAGAGCUAUUUUUGAGCAAACCAGUUGUGAAGUUACUUCACGAAUUGAUGCUGAAAUUACUUGGAGAGCCCCUAUUCAAGCACGAGUUUGCAAAAGUCUUCAUCCAUUACUAUCCUGUUCCUCUAGAGAAGGCCAUAAAAGAGAAUAGCGAUUCUACCUUUGAGAAAUGCCCCUUGCUAUCUACUUUUUCGGUACAAAUCUUCACAGUGCCAACUUUGACUCCAAGGCUUGUACGAGAGGAAAAUCUGUUAGGUGUUCUCGUGGAAUGCCUGUGGAACAUUUUACAAUCUUCUGUUGAUGGAGAUGGUUGUCUACAGGUAGUGUACUAUUGAUUGUAGCUUUUUGCAUUCAUGUUUUGAUUUUGAUUGCAAACGGUUCAAUAUCAAUCGUUGGCUUCAUGCUUAUUCUUUGCAUUUCUUCAAUUUGUUGUUAAUUUUUCUCAUCCUAUAUGAAUUUCAUAUUUUCUAUUCGGUGACAUGGUUCAGAUACAAAAGGUGGAGGUCCAUCUGACCGCAACUUUGUGGCUGCAGGCAAAUACAUGGGUCAACAUAUAUAAAUCAACUCUCCAUUUAAUUGAAGAGACACGAUAUGUUAUGACUCAUGAUGAAGUUCCAAAAUAUAUUGUUUGUGAACGUCCCGAUAUUAUCAGAUAUUGGUUCAGAAUCUUAGGACUAGUUCAAGGCAUUGAUCCACAGAAACGAGUGACUGGGCUUCACACAGAGGAGGAAAACGAGAGCUUGCAUCUGCCAUUUAUAAUGGUCCAUUAUCUCUGGAACGUCCAAAAACUCUUGGUAGACGGGUUACUCUCUCUGGGUAAAGAUGAUGGAAUCAAGAGUUGUCCUUCCUUUCCUGCAGAUUUACAAGAUGCAGAUGAUGGUGAUUAUUUGCGACAUGCAAAAGUUGGUAGGUUGUCUCAGGAGCGCUCUGUUGUCUACAUGAGCAGAAGAAACAAUAUUCCGUCUGAGCUGGUGGCGGCCGGAUUACCUAGUAUUCCCUCUCAUGUAAUAUCAUUAACUUUUAGGUGCAUGAAGUAUUUAGAUGCUUUUUUAGCAUCUGACAUUACAUUGAGAAAUGCUUGGCUUGAUUCUGGUCGUGGUUCUUAUUGUAAUAUGUCAAACUUGCGGAUGAAACUAUUCCGCACAAGGAAAGAAGCGAGCAGUACUAGAGGUCGCAAAGGUUCAUACUUCUUGGGUUCAUCUCCAAACGCGUAUGCAACAAGCAGUGAACAUUUGAUAGGGUCUGGAUCAUCUUCUCGGACAGAUGGAGUAAACACUGAUCUUGAUUACGGGACGGAGGCCAACAAGAUUCACGUCUGCCCUUUAGAUGCAGAUGUUGGGACAGAUUCUGAGACAUUGACUGUACUCAGCAUGGCAGAUUGGCCUGAAAUAGUAUAUGAUGUGAGUUUACAGGAAAUAUCUUCUCACAUUCCUUUGCAUCGAUUGCUUGGAUUGCUUUUACAGGAGACAAUGAAAAGAUGCUACGGCGAAGGAGGAACCAUGCAGAAAAUAAACGACACCAGCAAAGUUCAUCCCCUUGGAGAUUGUGAUGGCUUCUUUAAGCAGGUUUUGGGCAACUUCCAUCCGUCUGGUUUUUCUGCCUUUGUAAUGGAGCAUCCCUUGCGAUUAAGGGUAUUCUGUGCACAAGUGCGUGCUGGCAUGUGGCGUAAGAAUGGUGAUGCGGGCAUACUAAUAUCAGAAUGGUAUCGUGAUGCUCGUUGGUACGUGAACGCAUGCUAAUCAUCAAAGGGAUUUUUCAUGAAAUAGGAUGUGCACUUUAAUGAAUUUAUUUUUCCCUCUUUUCAGGUUUGAGAUAGGUGUGGAACCUGACCUAUUUUUGUUACAAUGCUGUGCUGCAUUGGCUCCUGCUGAAUUUUUUGUGAAGAGGAUUCUAGAAAGAUUUGAUUUAUUGAACUAUCUUUCUCUAGAUCUUUCAGAGAGCAGCGAGUAUGCGUCCUAUCCUCUUCAUCCUGAAAUUUCCCUUUGAAUAAAUAUUUAGCUUUUCGUUAUCUAUCCAAAUGAGUGAGCUUAGUCUAUAACUGUGUUUGUCCCUGUUAUGGUUUACUUUCAUACUAGUUUGUGUGACUAAUUUUUAUAUUAUUGCUUAUUAUUAAAUUAUUAUCCUUCUGGAUGAAAAUUGUAUGUUUUGGGAAUGAUUUUUCAUUCAAUUAACUUGAAUAGUUGCCAUUCGUUUGACUUGGAUAAUUGAGGUUAUAAGUAUCUUCAUCCUCCAUCCCCCAUAUGCCCAUCUUCCUAAAAAAGAAACUAUUUGAAGUUGACUGUCCUAGAUUGUAUCAUCCAAUUUUAGCUUGCAUGCCAAAUCAAAUCCUUCCUUGACCAAUGCACAUGGUUCUUAAAGUCAUAUUUCAGAUCUGAUUUUUCUUCAAAUUAUCUUUUGGAGCAUGGCUUUAAAAAAUCUCGUCGUUGAUGUGUUGCGAGGAAAAAAUUUCUGCCCUUGUGACGUAGUCUUCUGCACACCGACGUGGAGAUUGAAACAGGUCUUCUAAUGUUUCACAUUGUUAUCUUCUUUGCACGGUUAUUUGCAUUCAGUAAACAUACCUCUCCACAAUAGAUGUUUCACUGUAUUUUUAUUUUAUGGAGUAAUUGCGACCUAUAUUCAUUUAUGUCAAUGUUCUCGCUGUCUUAACCCUCCUGAUUUACAGUGAAUUGAGAAAGUCACUGUGUAAGAGAUUGUCUUUCUGAUGCUCUAAGCUUCUUCUGUCUCUUAUUCCAAAGUUGUUUUCCAUACUGAUCCAAAAUGUACUUGGGGAUAUUUAUUCCAUGACGAGAUGCAUUUGAGUUUUUCAGGUACGAGCCAAUUCUCGUUCAGGAAAUGCUCACAGUUAUCAUUCAGAUAGUAACACAACGCCGAUUUUGUGGGCUGUCAGCAGCUGAGAAUUUGCGUCGUGAAAUAGUUUUUAAGUUAGCAGUAGGAGAUGCAACUCGUAGCCAACUUGUGAAAGCUCUACCACAAGACCUUUCUAAUGGUCAUCUAGUUCAAGAUGUCAUCGACACAGUUGCGACAUAUUCAAAUCCGUCAGGGUUAAAGCAGGUUAGGUCUACUGUAUGAUUUAAUUUACACCUAUACAAGCCCACAAUUUUCUGUCUUGUUUGUUUUCAGUCCAGGCUGCUUAGAUUUUAUGGUACUGCAGGGUAGAUAUUCACUGCAGACAACAUAUUGGAAGGAACUAGACUUAUACCACCCUCGGUGGCGCUCCAGGGAUUUACAAGUGGCUGAGGAAAGAUAUCUGCGGUUCUGCAAGUCAUCUGCAUUAAACAUCCAGUUACCCCAAUGGACCCAUGUUUUUUAUCCUUUGAGCUCUCUGUGUAGAAUAGCUACAUCAAAGUCAGUCCUUCAAAUUAUACGUGCAGUGCUAUUUUAUGCCGUUUCUACGAAGCCAUCAUCUGUGUCUCGCGCACCUGAUGGAGUUCUUGUAACAUCAUUGCACCUUCUGUCACUGGCUUUGGAUAUUUGUGAAAAAUGCCCCUGUAUAAUGAAUCCAGAUGUUGAUUCGUUGCAUUCUAGUGCUAAUGAUGGAGAAAUAUAUCCUAUUUUGAAAUAUGCCAAUGAAAAAAUUAUCAGGAGAACAGGAAUCGGCGCUGGUUCUUUGGAAAAUCAAAGCAUGCUUUCACUACUUGUUUCGUUGAUGUUGAAGCAUAAGGAUGAAAAUGAUCACAACCAUGGAGAUUCGAGAUUAUGCGAUAUUUCUUCCUUGAUUGAAAGUUUAAUACAGAAGUUUGCUCAACUUGAUGCCACUUGCAUGGAUGAACUAAAGAUAUUGGCACCUCACGUAGUCUGUCAUGUGCAACAAAAAAAUUCUGAAAAUAGCUUCCAGAGUUCAGUGUCAGUGUCUGAUAUUCAGCGGAAGGCAAAAGCUCGAGAACGUCAAAGAGCCAUCUUGGUCAGUUAGUAUUAUUCAUUUAAUCUCUAUUUGUGCUCAUCUUGUUCUUAACUUCUGAACAUCGUUUACUUCAAUAGGCCACAGAACCGUAGAGCCCAGUAUUCGUUGUGCUUUCCGUCCUUACUUUGUUUUCAUUUUUACAAGAUUUACCUGUAUAAUCUAUCUAUCAUCCAAGUUUCAUAUAAUGUGUUGUUUUCAAAAUUCUUCCCCUAAGACAUCAAGAUAAUGAACCAUUUUUGGUACCCUUAUAAAAUGCCAGAGAUGAAGUUCUAAAGCUUGAGUUUUAGGACCCUUUAUCCAUUCACUUCUCCUUGUAUAAAAUAAUGUCUUUCUGCAGUUUCACCCAGUCACGUUCUGUUCGGUGAUAUAUAUAUAUAUAUAUAUAUAUAUAUUAUAAUGAAGUAUUAUCUAUAUUUAAAUGGAGAUCUAUCUUCUAUGAGUUUGCUCUCUAUAAGAAGAAUCAACAAUAUGUAUUGAUGACACUAUCCUUUUGGAUGUCUCUGAUACUAAGGUUCGCCCUCCAUGACUAUUUCACUGACCUUUGGCAGGACUGCUUCAUAAUUUUCUCGAUUAUUUAUUCCUACAUGCCUAUAUUUUGUAUACUCACUGAAUAUUUUAUGUUUCAUACCUUUGCAUUUAUACAACGUUUUACACAUAGGUAUGGAUGUGACCAAUAGGACUUUAUUAGUUCUGAUUUAUUUUUUUAUUGAUCUGAGAAUGAAAAAUUGUCCCUUGGGUUCUCCAUUCUGCAAAGCUUCUUGCGUUUACCUUAUAUCCUGAACUUUCAUUUUUAAAGUUUUGUGCAGUUUAUUAAUUAUCCUUCAUUUUUUCUAAAAUUUUCAACAUACAAAUGAACUAUACAUAUUUUAUGCAUUUAUUGUGGUAUUUACAAUUCUGACUAAAUUUCCCUACAGGAAAAAAUGAGAGCUGAACAGUCCAAAUUCAUUGCAAGCCUGAAGUCGACGGAAAAUGACGAGCUGGAUCUCUUGAAGUCUGAACAGGCAUCAUCUAAACAGGCCUAUGUCCAAGAACAGUCAACACCUAUUUGCUCCCUUUGUAGGGACACAGAUUCGAAAAGUCCAGUAUCUUUUCUUAUUCUUCUCCAGGUAAGCAUCAUGUUUUGUUUACCCUUGGUGCGUAUUUUCUCUGAGGAUAGUAAUGUGUCAGCAAGUAUGAAAUGUGUCCAAUGUGGUAGCAUUUUUGACAAUAUCUCGCUUUGUUUAAACCAGAAAUCUCGACUGUCAAGUUUUGUGGACAGAAGGCCCCCAUCAUGGGAUGAAAGUAACAGAAAUAAUGAUAGGAAUGAUUAUACAACGAAGGGAAAGCUGACAACAGAUUCAACGGUUGACUUCAGCAACCCAGAGCAGGAUCUUUUUUCUCAGUUGUUACAGUUGCUUCAGAAUGCAGGACAUGACUUAACGUAUGAUUUGCAACUAACAGAUAAUUUGGCUUUUCUAGACUCAGCCAGAGAAGGCAUUAAAGCGUUCAGUUACCUGAUAUGUCUUAUGAUAGUGAGUCAAAUGGUGUAUCAUCACUUCUAACUAUGGAGCAUGAAAUUUAUCUGUCAGUUCAAACAGAUAUGCAUGGUAUUGGAAGGGACUUAGAUUUUCUCAAAGAUGUGGAUAAAUUCCUAGAUUCUGUGGCUGCAAAAGGUCUUAAGGACAUCAGCGAGAGGGAACCUACUGUGGUUGGAGAGGCCAUUGCAUCAUUACAGGCUCCAGAACAAUCCAUUGUCCCUAGGCCUGCCGCUUCGUCCUUGAUGGAUGCAUCCUCAAAGUUGCCUUCUAAAAACGUGAAGUUUGAAAGAUUUGGCCCAAUCAAUUGUGAUGGCAUUCAUAUCUCUUCCUGUGGUCAUGCUGUACAUCGGGAGUGCCAUGACCGCUAUUUAUUCUCUUUGAAACAAAGGUAAUGUGUUCGAUAAUGUUUGAUGUUUGGAGCAUAAGCAUAGGCACAUACUGCAGGUUUAUCUUGUGCGUUUUGGAUUAUCUCUUUUGAUAUAUAUACACACAAUCCGGAUUUCAUGUCAUAAUCUUGUCAUUUAAUCUACGUUAUCAAUUAUGAGCCUUAACUUUUUAAAAAAAAUCUUAUAAUAAGACUAGUUUUUCUUCUUUAAUUUUCAUAGGUUCUCUUUCUCGUUGCCUUGAUACUAUGACAUUCUCGAUGUAAGCAAUAAUGGACAUAAGAGUAUACGAAGUAGAAAUAUGAGAGUUUGAUAUCCGCCAGUUUAAUGAAAAGAUUAAAGCACAGACAUUAAUAAAAGCAAUCCCUUUACAGAAACAUCUUUAAUCAUGCUGCCUAUGAGAUAGUUAUCCAUACCUUUUACUCCCUGCAGCACCUUUGCCCGCUUCUUUUUACAUCUAAGAUUGUAACAGAACAUUGUACACUGAGAGUACAAUCUGCCUAUGUCAUGAUUGGAAUACGAUACAAUCUGAUUUUUAUAAUAUCAGAACUCAACUUUACUUGAUUCAAUAGGAGGAAAUAUUCAAUCCUAGAGCAGUCCAACAUAGAGUCUAUCAUUUAGAAGAUGGGUACCUCCUGGGCAAUGCUUUUAGUGGGAUAUACUGCCGAGCUUCCUCACUGGAACCCACUUGUGCAUGUAUUGAAAACAUCUGUUAUUAUUGUAGGCAUAUCAGGAGGCUCGGUUUUGAAGGAGUGCACAUUGUAGACCCUGAAAUGGUGAGAUUUCUUGGAGCUUCCAUUUUAUGAAGUUAUGAAAGUGCCCUGCUUUGCUAAUAGAUGUAUAUUCAUUUAUCAGGGUGAGCUGCUUUGCCCAGUAUGCCGAAGAUUUGCCAAUUCCAUCCUACCUGCAUUUCCAAACAACGUGAGAACGAUUAGGGAUAGUAAUUCUGCAUCAAAUUCAGGGGUAUCGAGUUCAUCUGGAAUAGACAGUGGUGCCUUUCAUCUUCCACAUGCCAUUUCUCUUCUAAGAUGCACAGCCAAAAAGGUUGGCCAGGCUAGAUUCUUUGAAAUUUUAUCAGGAAAACUAGGUGAAACUGUUGAGCCAGCACUGGAGCCCAUCCUUCGUAAAUUAUGUGGAAUGUAUUUACCAAACAACUACGACCGCAAAUUAGCAUCUGGUCAUCUAAGCUACUCUAUAAUUCUGUGGGACACCCUUAGAUACUCACUUAUAACCACAGAAAUUGCUUAUCGUGGGAGAACCGCUGCAAGUUCUGAUGGUUCACGAUCCGAACUGGAAGCUCUAUAUGGUGAACUCCAAUCUUCGAAUGGGUUUAUAUUGUCAUUACUGCUGCAAGUUGCGCAAGCUUCCAGGAGUCAGAAUCGUCUUCAGGUGCUAAUGAGGUUCAGUGGUAUUAAGCUUCUAGCAGCAUCUAUUUGUCCUGGUCUCGAAGGGAAUCGCUCACACAUGGAGAGGCAAAAAGGUGAAGUACUCAUGUUGCUGCUUUUUGUCUUGAAAACCGUUCAGAAAGUAUAUGCAAACUGAAAAUGAUUACCUCGACCAUUUAAGAACAGCAGGUUUAAGGGUCUAGGGCCCUCUGAAACAGAACUAAAAGGUACUCCAUUGAGUGCAAUGCUAAUUAUAUUUCUUUGGAUCAAUGGAAUGACGUAAAUAACCUCAAUAAUAGAAUAAAAAUUCUCACGUAAUUUAUAAUUUUGUUUCACGUUCGAUUUCGGAGUUUUAGUUUUCAUGAAAUUUGACUGUAACAGUAAGGAGUGGCAGAGGCACGUCCCCAUAUCAUAAUUGUAUUCUUGGGGCAAUGAACAUUAGAGCCUUAUUUUGUUUGCAUCUCUGCCUUCAUGAGCUGUAGGCAGUACAUAUAUAGUAUAAUAUUAUAUAUAUGUAUACAUACAUAUAUAUUCUAGAUUCCUGAAAUUCUGACUUAUUUGAUGUCUUCUAUAUAAAUCUUUUGUUUUGUGUUAUUCACGUUGCUUUCAAAAGAUCCGGUUUCUUCUUCAAUGAUUUUGUCACAUUUACUUCCUGAAUUGCGGUAUGUAGUAUUUAUCUGGUAAACAUAUGAUAAUGUUGAUCUACAAUGUAGAAAAGUUAACCUAUCAAUAAGGAGGUGAGCUUGGGCAAUUUGGAUGAAUCAAAGGUUGGCCUACUUGGACUCCGUCCAGACCAGGAACAUAGGAAAUCGAAUCGGAUUGUACCAUGUUGCCCCAACUCAGGAGUCGGACUAAUACAGAAGCGAUACUUGCUUGUUUUGUGAUUUUAACCUAAAAAUGCUCUUAAUGCAUCCUGUCAUUAGGUCUUCUCUCAUCAAUUAUGGAACGCCUUCAUACGGAAGAAGUCUUCCCCGACGCCAAGUUCUUGAAGCAAGCUGCUAAUCCUAUCCUGGCUCGUGAUCCUUUUUCUUCAUUGAUAUGGGUUCUGUUUUGUCUUCCGCUUCCGUUCGCGACAUCGUCAGAAUCUUUUACAGCACUUGUCCAUCUCUUCUAUGUUGUUUGUGUGAUUCAGGUAUGCCAACAUUGUGGUGUAAAUGUUACUUUUCCUUUUAGAAUUGCCGACGAAGAAAUUGCCCUCCAAAUGUUUCUUACAACUGGUUUUCCUUAACUUUCUCAUUCCACUGUACUGCAGGCGCUCAUAACAUGUCACAGUAAACACGAUUUCAACAUCUCAAAUAUUGGAGAUUGCCCAGUUGAUGAUCUUUGCUGUAGCAUGGGGGGAUCUGAACUUGCCCGGAGGUUUUUUGCUUCCAGCUAUUUCGAUGCUUCUUGUGAUCCUAAACAGAUGGUUCGCAGGUUAACUCUUCCCUAUCUCCGAAGGUGCUCAUUGCUCUGGAAGAUGUUAAAUUCAUCAACAUCGACCGCCCCCUGCUAUGAUAAUUCUCAGACGUGGGAUAAAUUUACUCCUUGCUUGAGCAAUGAGUCAGAAAGUACAAACACCCUUUCCAUGGAGCUUAAUGAAAUUAGUGAGUUGGAGACUGACUUCAAGAUCCGUUCACUGGAAGCAGUUCUCAAGGACAAAGUUGUCCAUUCUUUGGCCUUGAAGUGGUGUGCACAUUUCUUGGAGUUUGGCGCUAGCAAUUAUAAUUACGUGUUAUACUCCACCCCAGCAGUUCCCUUUAGGCUGAUGCGGCUUCCUCUACUUUAUCAAGAUCUGUUACAGAGGUUUGUGAACAACACAUUUACUAAAAAGCAUGAAUGGCUUUCCAUGGCUCUUGUGCCAAUCGAGUAUUUUCCUGAAAUGUUCGGAAAUUAUAUAUAUAUAUAUAUAUAUAUAUAUAUAUAUUCUAAAAUUUUCAUCUCUCAUGUCUUUAUCAGAUAUGUUAACCAGCGGUGCCCUGAGUGCAAGGCUAUCCCCGAAAUACCUGCUCUAUGUUUGUUAUGUGGCAGACUAUGCUCUCCAAGCUCGAAGCAGUGCUGCAGGUUCUGAUUACUCCCCGCUAUACAAUUUCCUUUUAUCUGAAAGAUGUUACACUCCCGGCGACUUGUAAAAUUAUUAAUUUUUUUGUGUAGGGCAAGUAGAUGCCAGAAUCAUGCAGCAGCGUGUGGCGCAGGCAUCGGUGUUUUCCUGUUGAUCAGGGUACGAAUGCUGAUUUUUUAAAAUAAAUCAUAUGCUAUUGUACUACUGCGGCUCACUCUUUUCUUUGGGUCUUAAUGAAGACCUUACUCUCUCUCUCUCUCUCUCUCUCUCUCUCUCUCUCUCUCUCUCUCUCUUUCUCUCUCUCUCUCUCUGUCUCUCUCUCUCUCUCUCUCUCUCUCUCUAUCUAUCUUCAAUCUAAGACUUUAUUCUGUUUGUUUCAGAAAACGACUGUCCUGCUGCAGAGAUCUGCUCGGCAAGCAUCAUGGCCUUCUCCCUACCUGGAUGCCUAUGGUGAAGAGGUAACCAAGUUUUGACUAAGUAAAUCAGAGAUCCUAUCCUCGACAACUAUUUUCUCUCUUAUAAAUUUGCAAAAAAAUCCCUUAAUUUCGCAUGCCCAGAAAUAGUUAUCAACGAUUUGGCAUUAUUUACAUUCUCGAAAAUAUGAAAAAAAUUGCGUAAUAUGCUUGAUUCUCACCCAAAAAUAAAUGCUCAAUAUGGAGCAGUGGCUUCAAAGGAGCAGCCACUGUUCACGAUUUCAAACUGGCCAACCUAUUCCUCUCCCCCUCAAAUGCUUAUUCUCUUUCUUCUUUGGCAGGAUCGUGAGUUGAUCAGAGGAAAGCCCCUGUACCUAAGCGACGAGCGCUACUCAGCUCUGUCAUACUUGGUAUGUAAAAUUAUAUCCUCUCGCUAUUGUUCGCUCUCCCCUUUGUUGGAAGGAUCGCAACAGAUGAGCCCCAUUCAUGUUUUUAUUUUAUUUUAUUUUAUUGUUGUGAAUGUGAUGUGUAUUAAUGUGAAAAAAUAAAUGCUCAUAUCUAAGAUCGUCGGUCCUCGUGAAUAAUAAAUAGGUGGCAUCGCAUGGGUUAGAUCGGAGCUCGGAAGUCCUCCGCCAAACAACUAUUCAUCACUACAUCUUCGAUUAG